UGAUUCUGGAGCAUUGGAUUAAUUCUGUACUGACCUACUGUAACAAAAGCAAAGAUAAAAUGCCGAGAAUUGUGUUUGCUGCAACCCAUAGUGAUAGAUUUUCUGAGGAUGAGAAAAAGAAACAAGCCCUACAAUUCAACUAGGAACUAACAAAAACGUUUUCCUCACAUAAACUUCAUGAGCAUAUCAUGUACGACAAAGUUUUUUUCAUCAACGCAACAGACGCAGCUGACCUACAAAUUGAUCGUUUAACGGAUACAUUAGUUGAUAUUGCCUUCCAGCAGUCAACAUGGGGACAACAAAUGCCAAUUGUGUGGGUGCCUCUUGAUUUACAGAUAUCAGAUAUGAGAGCAGAUGGAGUAAAGUUGAUAACAAAAGAAAAUGUUUUGGAUAUGAACAGGUCAAAUAAAGAAUUUUCUUUGAGUGAAAAAAGGGUCGAAGAUUUCUUACUUGUUCAAAACUCAAUAGGAAAGUUGUUAUACUUCGACGAACCAGCGUUAAGAGAUUUCAUUGUCAUUCAACCGUCAGCAAUGGUCAAUAUCCUGAGAGCUUUCAUCACAGACAGAAUGUUUUGGCCAAAGAAAGGACAUAUGCGCGAUAUACUAGAGAACUUAUCAGUCACUGGAGUUCUACAGAAGACAGACCUUUUCACUCUUUGGUCACAACGAGCUUUCAAAGACGUGUUGGGGAAUGACAGAAUUAAGGAUUAUGUGGUACAAGUUCUCCUCCAUCUUGAUAUCCUUGUUGAACCUAAACGCUACACUGAAAUGGAUACAGCUGCAGAUUUAUUUCUGGUACCCUGUAUCGUGACGUCUAACAUCCCAACAAAAAUGAAAAAUGCUGCAACAGAUGACAGAACAAUAUGCAUAUCUUAUCAUCUAAAGGAGACCGUGGUUCCAUCCGCUUUGUCAUUUAAGCUUAUAGGAGCUGCAAUUUGCAUCUGGCCUUUAAAGGUAGUGGAGAGUCGAUUUUGUCUCUAUUUUCAAGCUGCAGUUAUGGAUGCCGAUUCCGAAAACGAACUUCAAAUUCAUGUGGAAGGCCAGAGAAUAUAUGCCUUCUUAAUCAAUGACAAGUCAAAAGAACUCAUAUCACCAGAUCUCGCAACAACGACACAGGAAUGUUUGACCUUAGCACUAGAACGAAUCCUUCAGUUUUACCAUCGUGCUAUGUGCAACCAAAGUUUCCAAGUUAUGUCAGAUUUGUUUGAAAUAGAAGUUGGAGAAAUUUGCAAUGGAGAAACAUGCGUAAUCCCCUUGUUGGAUGCCCAGAAACGUAAACAUUGGAUUUGCAAAAAUGGGAAAAAACAUGACACAAAAUAUCUUCUGAAUUGGGUUUUCGAUAAGAACAAAGAGAAUUGUGACCCAAACUGUGAAGGUCUUGAAAAAGAAACAAAAACUCUACUCUUGAGACCAAGUAAUCAGCAUUUUGUCCAUCUUACCAAGUAUCUAGGGAUUGGUGACUUCUACAACUUCUUCAUUUAUCUUGGUAUGACAAAAGCUGAUUACGACAACUUAAACUUUCGUUAUUUUUCCAAUCCAAUGGAUAUGAUGUUGAUGGGAAUGUUUCAGUGGAGAGAUAAAACAGAAAGCGACCAAUCACCCGCUACAUUUGGAAAAUUGCUGGAGGCAUUGAAGGCUAUUGGCAGUCAACACUAUCUAUGUCAGAUACUCAGAGAGGACCAUAGUUUAGUUGAAAAGGCCAACAGUCACCUACAAGUUGUUCCAUCUGAUGAAGUCAUUAAUGCUAUGACAGAAAAGAAGCUGAUAGGUGAUUGUGUUGUUUACUUAGGGAUUGAAUUAGGUCUUACCAUUGGUGAUAUAAGGGAGACUAUGCACAACUUUCCAAGGGAUUUAAAUGGUCAAAUACAUGAUAUCCUCAUCAAAUGGAAGGAAACGGAUCGGGUAAAACCAACAAUAUACUGGCUUAUGGUAGCGUUGAAACGUGUUCAGGCGGCAGCAGGACUAGCUUUCCUAAAGAAGGAAUAUGGUGUGAAGUAAGACGAUGCCUUAAAAUCUGAAAACACAGAUACUACUUUAUUUACUUAGAUAUACAGCACUUUCAACUCACUUUAAGUUCAUGUAGUACCAUAUAUUAUUAUUCAAGAUUAAGGUUUAUUUGUUGGGGUAUUAUAACUAAAAAAAAAGAUCUUUGGAAUAUUGCAAUAUUGGUACUUACAUUUUACAGAUUUGGGAUUUUUGCUACAAAUGAUAUAACCUUCUAUCUGCAUGUUUUCAAACAGUAGUUUUGUAGUAUAAUGUGUUUUCAUCUUUAUUUUCUGUAUCUGCAAACAUGCAUUUCUGUAAAUGGGAUAAUGAUGCCUUAAACAGUUUUAAGGGUUAUGCGUAGCACUGCUGGUUGCUGUUUUUAACUAA